AUUGGGGAUUGGGAUUGGGGACUUUCUUUUUGCUGACGCUGAGACGAAUAUGACCACGCAGAGACAAAAUAUUUCCCUCGCCUUGAAUUGGUUUCCUCCCUUGUUGGCUGGUCCCUGCUUUUUGACUCCUCCAUCACCUUAGUCUUGGUCCAUCCACUCCAUCAACGAGUUGAAGCUAUCCACUCAACAAUAAAGCAGGCAACCUACCAAAACGACGUCAACUGCGAAUCCGGAAACACAAAUCGAUAGACCUCUCCGAACAGAAACCGCAAUGACUUCCCCCCUCAACGCAACCCCCCGAAACCGGAGCUUUGCCUCCCAGCCCAAGCGCUCCGCCGAAGUCAUCGUCGUCGGCGCCGGCCUCAGCGGGCUCAACGCCGCCCACGAGCUGCAGCAGGCCGGCAUCUCGUGCCUCGUCCUCGACGCCCACGACAGCCUCGGCGGUCGUCUCCGGAACGGCGUCUGCGGUGCCUGGAUCGACCAUGUUCACCAGCCCCGCGCCUGGAACCUGGUUCGCAGGCUCGGCAUUGACAUGGUGGAGGAGAAGCUCGCCGCUGGGAAGAGCGUCGUCCAGGGCGCCGGGAGCUUUGAGCAUGGCAGCGUUCCCAACUUCUCCGAGGAUGACCGACGAUCGUACACCCGUGUCCGCGCCAACCUCGAGGGCCUCUCGCAGCGCGUCGAUCUCAACAACCCGACUCUAUGGCUCCCCAACUUCGGCUCCAUGAACGUCCGCGAGCUCGUCGUCUCACAAGGCGCCACGCCCGUUAUCAAGAAGCUCGCCGACGCCUGGACUGCCAGCAUCUUCGGCCUCACUGCCGAAGACGUCCCCGCCCUCUACUUCCUCCUCGUCUGCAAGACCGCCGGCGGCUUCCUCAACGCCAUCGGCCAGCCCGCCCGCUCUGGCCGCCGUUUACGCUUCCGCGCUGGUGCCCCGUCUAUCUGCGACGCUCUAUCUGAGCGCCUUGCGCCCGGCUCCGUGCUCCUGUCCCAGGCCGUCCAAUGGAUCGACCAGACCUCCAGCAACAAGGUUGUCCUAACCACCGAAGCUGGCGAAGUCUUCCAGUGCUCCCGUGUCGUCCUCGCCGUCCCUACCGCCUCAUAUCGCAAUAUUGACUUCAGCCCUGCUCUUGGUGAGCACAAGCAGUGGAUGCAAGAAUUUAAGCAGUCCGGUUUCCAUGCCGAGGUCGUCCUGGCCUAUGAGAAGCCCUGGUGGCGCGAACAAGGACUCAAUGGCUUCGCCCAGAGCGUCGACGGCCCCGUCUGGGAGACGCGGGACUCAUCAUGCGAUGCCGUUGGCCUGUACUCGCUAACUUGCGUGGUUGCGGGCGAAGCCGGCCGCCAAUUGUGGAAUAUGUCCGAGAGCCAACGCCGCGAGACCCUCGUAGCCCAUAUCAGCGAUCUAUUCAGCGAGUUUAACCCCUUCCCGGACCCCAUGGAAAUAAUCUGGUCCGGAUUUGAACCUGACAGCAAGAUUCGACACGUCCCCUGCCCUGCUCUCCCCACCUGUUAUGUGCGUGACCUCGCACAGGACCAGUGGGCGAUUGAAGACAGGUUACAUUUCGUGGGCUCCGAGACUAGUCAUGUAUGGAGAGGCCAGAUUGAGGGUGCGUUGGCAUCAGGAAGCCGGGGUGCUGAGGAAGUUCUGGGCGUGAUGCGACCAGUCGCGCAGGAUCUUAUGAUUCCUAGGUUAUAAGACGGUAGCUUGUUUGUAAGAGGACGAAUAGGGUUGUACACAAAUCUUCCGUAUACCGAAUAGCCUCUAUCAGCUUCUCUACUAUCUCCGCAGACCCAAUGAGGCUGUGUUCCAACUGUAUCUGUGGUUGCUUAUCACGUUUGGAGGGCAGAUACUCCGGACUAUCAUACAAUAGCAAUAUACAUUCACUACCACU